UUGAUUACGUCAUACGUAAGGGACGCAGAGCCCUGCUGCUUGUUUUGCAUUCUUUUGGAAUUUUAGAAAAACCGACUAAAAAAACAGCAAUAAUGUUUCUUUAUGAUAACUUAUCGAUAUGCAGCCAAGACGAAACUUAAACGAUGUUUAUUCCGGCGCCGGACAGAACCACCACAUGUUCCUUCGGCAGCUGAGCUCCUCCUUCCUUCCCCACAGCCGUCCUGCUCUCUGCAGGGCCGGCUUCAGUGGUGCCUCAUACCUCCCUCAUUUCCUCCCCGCUCCUCACCCAUGGUGGUCGGCGCAGAGAUUUCCCCCCCGGCCUCCUGGACUCCCCCCCUCUCACCCUGCAGCUCAUCAGGUUUACUCCGGUAGGACGUUUCACACUCUGAGUAUUUACUCAAGUGACUUUGGAGGAAGCAGGCGAUCGUUCCACGCGUCGGCCGGCCUCAUGAUGGAGCGGCACGACCGAGACAGAGGGCCUCCUCAGAAACGGAGGAAGAGCGUGGAGGAGAAGAGGAGCCUUGAAGAAAGAGGAGGGGCCGCUGGAGGCUCAAAGAGGGAGCACCAUCAGCCGGAUUCAAGCACAGAUGGUCGCCCUCGUCAGAAUCACAACAUCAGAGAUGGAAGCGAGACAGAGGGAGGAACGGGGCGGUCAGUCAACAACUGCAGAGACAGAGAAGAAGAAAGGACUAAAAGUAAAAGUCAAGACAGACAGAAAAAAGGUGAAACCUCACCCCAUUGGAGGAGCCCACAUCAGCAUGGAGGACAUAAAGACUCACAGCAGGAACGUCCAAAGUCCAAACCUGAGCACAGAAAACCAAACCCCUGGUUCAAAGAGAGGAGUGAAGAGGGAGGACGUGAGAGGACGAGUGAAGGACAGGUGAAGGACGGAUGGCGGGGAGAGGGAGCAAACAGAGAGCCUCCUCCACCUGGAUCCUGCCCGCCUGUCCCCCAACAGGAAGACGUUACAUCAAGGAAGCCUCUUGAGAGACGCUGGGAGCCCUCGCCCUCGGCCUGCACUUCCUACCCCUUGCCACCAGGGUGCAGCACAGCGUUUGACUUCUCUGUGAUGUCCUAUAACAUCCUGUCUCAGGAGCUGCUGCAGGAUAACGCCUACCUGUACCGACACUGUCACCCUGGCGUGCUGCCGUGGAAACACCGACUGCCCAACCUGCUGGCUGAGAUCCAGCAGUACGACGCUGAUAUUCUGUGUCUUCAGGAGGUCCAGGAAGACCACUAUGAGAACCAGAUCAAACCUGCUCUACAAGCCCUAGGGUACCAGUGUGAGUACAAGAAGCGAACAGGAAGUAAACCAGACGGCUGCGCUGUCAUCUUCAAAUCCUCCCGCCUCUCGCUCCUCUCCUCCAAUCCCGUCGAGUACUUGCGACCCGGCGACGCCCUCCUGGACCGGGACAAUGUGGGAUUGGUUCUGCUGCUGCGGCCCAACGACGCCACCGCGGCUCAGCCGGAUCCCUCCGCCUUCAUCUGCGUCGCCAACACUCACCUGCUCUACAACCCUCGCCGCGGGGACAUCAAACUGGCUCAGCUGGCCAUCCUGCUGGCCGAGAUCAGACGCUUGUCCAGCCGCUCGGACGGGUCGACCAGUCCGGUGGUGCUGUGCGGGGACUUUAACUCCACCCCCUGGAGUCCGCUGUACAGCUUCCUGACCACCGGCUGCCUGGACUACAGAGGGAUGCAGAUCGGCAUGGUGUCCGGUCAGGAGAGCAACCCCAGAGGUCAGAGACUCCUCCCCUCACCCAUCUGGUCUAACUGUUUGGGGAUCGACCAUCAGUGUCAGUACAACAAACCCUCUGCGGACUCCAGCAGCCCGACAGCAGUAGAAGGAGCGAUCUCGACUCUGACUGUAGAAGACCUCGCCAACACAGCUGCUGCUGCUGCUUACAACAGAGCGAGGAUCGAACACGGCCUGAAGCUGCAGUCGUCCUACCAGCACCGCCUGAUGCCUGAUGGGAGACCUGAGAUCACCACCUGUCACUCCCGCACCGCCAUGACCGUGGACUACAUUCUGUUCACUCCAGAAUUCGUCACUCCUCCGUCACUUCCUGGUGGGUGGGGCCUCCAACUCCUCGGCAGGCUGUCAUUGGUUGGCCAGUCAGAGCUGGAGGAAGUCGACGGCCUCCCGAAUCGCCAUCACUCGUCCGAUCACCUCCCGCUUCUCACCCGCUUCCGCUUACGGCGAUGACCCUCGAGGGGGGGGGGGAGUCGCUGGACAGUAAACAGGUGAAGUUCUCGUGUGGUGAUACCUCGAGGGACAGAGACGCCAGUAAAACACAACAAGGAAGUUUAAAGAAGACGAACAUGACUCAAAGAAAGACGGCUGGAAAACAGAAGAACGUUCACAGAGCUUUGGGUUGUGAGUUUGUUUCCUGCAGGUCACUUUGAGUAGAAACAAACCUUACCCACUCAAACACUCUGAUAUCCCCUAAACUCAAUAUCAAACGUGUUGAAUCCACAGGAAGGCCCACAGUGUCGCUCAGGUACUGAGAUAUGGAGACAUAAGAAGUUAACGCUGUACUGCAGCUCGUCCGAUUUCAUUAAUUUCUGAAAGUUUUCAUCCAAACAUUUGACAGCUUCUGACGUCUUCUUCAAAUAUUUGUUAUUAUUUUGACGUUCCUCUCUUUCUGCACCAUCUUCAGCACAGGUGGAUCUCAUUUCAAUCACAAAGUUAACCGUUUGACAUGAAGUUGAAGAUGAAUCUAAAAGUGCUCGAGGAUAUUUCAGUUCUUUAUCUGAUUGUGACAAAUGAUUGAUCAGUUUCAGGUUAUGAAAAGAAAGCACAAGGAUUGUUUUAGGCCUCGUGUCCACCUGGAGUUCUUGUGUGUUGGCUGUGUGCUCGGGAGUGUUUGCAUGAAGCGCUGACACGAAAAGCGCUGCACGUCCGUCCUGUCUCCAUGACAACAGUCUGUUGACAAACGGUCGCUGUGUGACAAACUGCUCCGUUACUUUUUUUAAAUAUAUAUUUAUUUGAGAUUUUUCACCAGAUUAGAAUCGGAGCAAAGACGAUGUGGGUGCAAGACGCGAUCUGUAGGCAGCAAUCAUGAGGAAUAUAAUACAUUUGGAAAAGAGCGGCGGUGACGUCGACAGCGCCUUUCUGAAAAGAUCCUAGGUGGACACGGGGCCUUACUCUGUUUAACAUUUGCAGCUCCUUUGAUAAAUGCAUAAACAGAUUUUAUAAACAGACUGUACGUAACAAUCGUAUUUAUCCUUUAAAACAGCGGUCCUCAGCUGGUCUGGCCUCAGGACGAACCACCAACUCCUUCACAACAAACAGAGACGCUCUUUUUAGACGUAUUUCAACCAAUCAGAUUUAUUUCAUGAGAAAAGAAAGCAGUUGGGACCUCGGACGGUACAAGAAACAUGAGACAGAACAAAAAGACGUGUUAAAAAAUCGCUUCUCAGCAGCUGAGAUCAUCUGUCUUCUGUUUUAAAGCUCCUGUGAGCAGUUUUUAUCUGGUACUGAAACAGACUGUAAUUUAAUUUUGAAGUCUCGAUAUGAGCUAAAAAAGCAGAUGAGACCAUCAGCAUGAAGACUGACUGUUUCUGUAAAGUUCUUUUUAAUAGUUUUAAACCCUACACUGCAGGGCAGGUGUCAAAAUGGUUUACUGCAGGCUGCAGAAAAAAAAAACUUGAUUUACAUUUUCAACAGCACACAUUUAUGUCUUUGACUGUUAAAAGACAGUAGGAUUAAAUGAUUUAGUUAAAGAAACACCUCUGUGAUGUACAGCCAACAGAUAAGAGGUGCACAUUUUGUCAACACAAAAAAAAGAUUCUAUUGAGAACUCAGUUUUGCAUGAUCGGUUUUCUUGCAGGUUUUUAAUCAUUAAAGGGAAACAUUUAAAAUCUUUGUUUAAAGUCUGAACAUGAUCACCUGGAGUUAAAGUUUUACUGAUGAGGGAAAAACAAACAAACAUGUUUGAGAUGAUAAAGAUUUGAAGAAGAAUGAACUUUGUGUACUCAAAGAGCAGAACAUCAGGAUGAGAAAUAUUUUUCUAUCACUGUCAGUUUGUAAAUAAAGGAUUGUGUUUUUAAACCA